CUUGAAAAUACUUCCAAGUUUCUGACUUUUAUUAAUCUAUUUUUAUUUAUUUUUAUAUAAUAUACUGCUUGUCUGCAUUCUGCAAGAGAGAGAGGGAGGUGGUCUUGUAGAGUACGGGUCUUUGAAUAUGGAUUAUUGGAAAAUGAUGAAAUAAAGUAUAAUGAUGGGAUUUUCUUGGAAAUGAAGGUGUAGAGAGAGAGAGAGAGAGAGAGAGAGAGAGAGCUUCUGCAGAUUUGGUUGGAGUUCAAAGGGAUUUUUUCCUUCAUAGUUGGAAUUAUUGGAUUGUUGGGUGUUGUUUCCUUCAAUUGGGUUUUCUCCUCUUAGAUUGAGAUUUUGGAGUUUUUGGGUGUUUUAAGGAGACUGAAAGCAUGAGAGGAAGAGGAGGAGUUAAUGGGAAUUACUUCUUGUUGAAUACGGGGGCUAGAAUUCCGGCUAUUGGGCUCGGAACAUGGCAGAGUGGUGGAGAUCUCUGCAUCGAAGCUGUGAAAACCGCAUUGAAGGUCGGCUAUCGUCACAUAGACUGUGCUCAUCUUUAUGGGAACGAGAUUGAAGUUGGGCAAGCUUUGGCGGGAGCUUUUGACGAUGGGCUUAAGAGGGAGGAUGUGUUUUUGACAUCGAAAUUUUACUGCACCACAAAUUCUCUUAAGAGAAUUGAGAAUUCUGUUAGAGUUUCGCUGAAGAGCCUCGGCGUGUCAUAUUUGGACCUUUAUUUGGUGCAUUGGCCUGAGAGUUCAGCUUUUGGGGAUGCCACCGAUCCUCCUUCAAAAUCAGGAAGCGAGUAUAGGCAGUUCUCGCAUCGGUUGAAGCCAACGUGGAAGGCCAUGGAAGGUCUUGUCGAGACGGGGCUAGUUCGUGCUAUAGGUGUUAGCAAUUUCAGUGUUCAGCAGAUUGAGGAGUUGCUCCAAUUUGCAAAGAUCGUACCUGCAGUUAAUCAGGCAGAGUUGCACCCUUUCUGGAGGCAAGAUGAGCUUGUAAAGUUCUGUCAAUUGAAAGGUAUUCAUGUAUCUGCUCAUACCCCAUUAGGAGUGCCCACUACCAAUCCCAGUCUGUCCGAUAGUGGAUCGGGAGAAGAUGAACCCGGAACUCCUAGGAUAUCAUUUGGAAGGUCAAGAUCGGUACACGGACCGAUGCUGAAACUGUCUGUUGUUGCAGAUAUUGCAGAGCACCACAAAAAGACACCGGAGCAGGUAAUUCUGCGGUGGGGACUACAACGAGGAACAAGUGUUCUGCCAUGCAGCCUCAAGCCUGACCGGAUCAGUAAAAACAUAGACAUUUUCAGUUGGUCACUCUCAGAUGAUGAGUGGAAUCAGCUGAAUAGGAUUGAAAUGCAAGUAUGCCUCUUCGGAAAUAGUCCCGUACUCAACCCCUCUGAAAGCGGCUUACUGUCAGGAAGAGGUCCACUCCAAGCAGUGCAUGAGACAGAUGACGAUGUUGAAUGAAGUUCGUGACAUUUCACUGUAUUUUCUGAAGAUUUACUGUGAUAUAGUACAAUAAUUGUUUUUUAGUUAUACGACUGUCUUGAUACUUAUUUUCCUUCUCUCGUUUUUCUUUUCUCCCUUUUCUCUUAUGCAUGUAAGGGCAGAUAUGUCAUCUGGAGUGGAGUAUGAAAGUUCCAUUGUCAUUUUCCUUC